UCGUUCUUCUUUUCCCUUCUCCCUUCUUCCAUUCCUUCUCUCUCUGUCUCUCUUAGGGUUUAUUUUUGGUUUUGGCUCUUUCCUCAUUCCUCUUUCCCCUCUAUCGCUGCCGCGAAAUUCUAGCUCUUUCCGUCUUUGGCUGAUUUUUUUUUUGGGGGGGAAACAAUGGUGGAGGUAUGGAGGCAGCUGAUCGAAUAAGAGAGACGGUAGUACCCAACUGCGGGGGAGAUCGGGGGAUCGGGUUGGAGAUGAAGAUUUCCUUCGCCGGAAAACUCCGUUUCCGGUCUCGAUUUCGAUCGGCGAUCGACUCCUACUGCUUCGCCUGUGAAGCUUUCUCCGAUCGUCCCCUUUCGAUCUCCUUCUCUUGCUGCUCUUGACCUCGGCCUUGUUUUCGGCCUCUGCUCCUGAUCUCCGAUUUCGGCCACAAUCUCAUCUCUCCUUCGCAUCGUCUUCUUCUCUUUCCCGUUUCUCGAUCUUUAUUCUGUUCUCUUGUUUCGUGUAUAUGGCGUCUGGUUCUGGAAUUUUAGGUGGCAAAUCUGCGACGAAGGAGGUUGAGUUCGCCGAGAAAGAUCCAACUGGUCGGUACAUUAGGUAUGAUGACAUCUUGGGGAAAGGAGCCUUCAAAACUGUAUACAAGGCAUUUGAUGAAGUUGAUGGGAUUGAGGUUGCUUGGAACCUAGUGAGCAUAGAAGAUGUAAUGCAGAUGCCUGGCCAACUGGAAAGACUGUAUUCUGAGGUCCAUCUGCUCAAGGCGUUGAAGCAUGAGAACAUCAUCAAACUCUUUAACUCUUGGGUCGACGAUAAGAACAAGACCAUCAAUAUGAUUACCGAGCUCUUCACCUCCGGCAGUCUGAGGGCAUAUCGUAAGAAACACCGGAAGGUCGAUCCCAAGGCCAUCAAGAACUGGGCAAGACAGAUUCUUCGAGGCUUGCACUAUUUGCACACUCAGAGCCCUCCGGUAAUUCACCGGGAUCUUAAGUGUGACAAUAUAUUUAUCAACGGAAAUACUGGAGGAGUCAAAAUUGGAGAUCUUGGGCUUGCAGCUGUUAUGCAGCAACCCACUGCUCGGAGUGUUAUUGGUACUCCCGAAUUCAUGGCACCUGAGCUUUACGAAGAGGAAUACAAUGAGCUCGUAGACAUCUAUUCUUUUGGCAUGUGCAUGUUGGAGAUGGUUACGUGUGAAUAUCCAUACAGUGAGUGCAGAAACCAGGCUCAAAUAUACAAGAAGGUUACCUCUGGUAUAAAGCCUCAAUCUCUCAGCAAACUCGAUGAUUGUCAAGUUAAGCAAUUGAUAGAAAAGUGUCUUCUUCCUGCUCCGUUGAGGCCAACUGCUCUUGAGCUCUUGAAAGACCCGUUCCUGGCAACAGAUGGCGCUAAGGACUCUGCAUAUACCGCAUCAUCCAACGGAAUGUCUAAGCCAGUCAAACCGCCCCAGCCCGACCAUCUCCCCAUGGACGUGGACCAUAACGAUAAUAAAAGUGCUUCUGUUUGCUCCUCUCUGAUAAGCAACCAUGAAUACCCAUGGCUUCAGACUCUUGAACUUCAGAGGGUUGCAGAGAACAAAGAGUUCAGGUUGAGAGGGGAGAGGACCGAUGAUGUCACGGCCUCAAUGACUCUGCGUAUCGCUGACUUAUCGGGUCAAGCUAGAAUCGUGCACUUUGCGUUCUAUCUGAAUUCAGACACAGCUACCGCAAUUGCCGAGGAAAUGGUUGAACAGCUUGAUCUAUCAGGCCAAGAGGUUAUAGUCAUAGCUGAGAUGAUCGAUGACUUGAUAAUGAAGCUGAUCUCUAACCGGAACCCGUCUCUAUCAUGUACCACCUCAACUCAUCUGAACAGUCUGUACGCGUCGGUUCAAAAUUCUCCGUAUCUGUCUGCUGGGGAUCACAUGAACCUACAGUCGGCUCACUCAAAGAAUCGAGAGGCUGGAGGAUCAGUGAAUUCGGACAUAUCUGCAGAGUACUACUUUGCUGUCGCCUCAAAUGGCAGCUAUGGCAGGGAAUUGGAUAACGGGUCUCAUGCCCGUGAUUCAUACGAGGGGAAGGACAAGACGAGGGAGGCUGAGGCCGAGGCUAAAGCAGUGGGAGAUUCUGUGGAUAUGCGUUCUGACAUGGCGAGCAUUUGCUCGCUGUCAAUCUCGGAGAAUGAGCAGAUGGAAGACCUGAAGGCAGAGCUGAAAACGAUAGAGUCGCAGUUUCAGCAGUCGUUGCAAGAGCUGCUGAGGCUGAGGGAAGAAGCUAUAGAGAAUGCAAAACGGAAGUGGACGGUGAAGAGGCAGGCGUCUCCCAACUGCACAUAAAAGGUAAAAGAUGCCCCCAUCCAUCCUCUCCCCCUGAGGUAAAAUAAAAAACUCUAAAUAGGUAACACACUUGAACCAGCUUUCUAAAUCAAGUAGUCGAGCGUUGGAAAUGUUGAGGAGAUUUCGGUUUUCGGGUUCCCUUUUUCUUCACAGGGUGGUGUUGUUUCAUUCAUAUAUUUUGGCAGUGGAACUCAGAAUCGAUCCCUGUUUCCGAUUUGUUUGUUUCAUUGUUUUUCUCUUGGCUUAGUUUUGAGGGAUUGCUCUUAUUCUUUUCAUCCUUGUGUGUGAGAUUCAUUUGCCUUGUGACAGUGUUUAAUGAAUAAUUUAGUUGAGCUCGAAA